CGGUACCGGCGUGAGGGUUGUCGGCGCGGGCUCCGGCCAUGGCUGGCAAGGACAGUGGCAACCUGAAGACGGUGAGGCUGUGGCGGGACGCCGCCCUGCGCGCCAGGAAGCUGCGGAGCAACCUGCGCCAGCUCACGCUCAGCUGCCCGGGGGCGGGAGGCGACUCACUCGAGUCCCCCGACGCCCCCCAGCUGGUGCUGCCGGCCAACAUCGGGGACAUUGAGGUGCUGAACCUGGGGAACAACGGCCUCGAGGAUGUGCCUGAAGGUCUGGGGUCAGCUCUGGGCAGCCUUCGCGUCUUGGUCUUGCGCAGGAACCGCUUUGCCCGGCUGCCCCCUGCGGUGGCGGAGCUAGGCCACCACCUUACCGAACUGGACGUAAGCCACAACCGGCUAACCAUCCUGGGAGCCGAGGUGGUGAGCGCCCUAAGGGAGCUGCGCAAACUCAACCUGAGCCACAACCAGCUGCCAGCCCUGCCUGCCCAGCUCGGUGCCCUCGCCCACCUGGAGGAGCUAGAUGUCAGCUUCAACCGGCUAGCGCAUCUGCCAGAUUCCUUCUCCUGCCUCAACCACCUACGUACCCUUGACGUGGACCACAACCAACUCACCGCCUUUCCCCAGCAGCUGCUGCAGCUGGCUGCCCUGGAGGAGCUGGACGUAUCCAGCAACCGGCUGCGAGGCCUACCUGAGGAUAUCAGUGCCCUGCGUGCCCUCAAGAUUCUCUGGCUUAGCGGGGCCGAGCUUGGCACUCUGCCCAGCGGCUUCUGUGAGCUGGCCAGUUUGGAGAGCCUCAUGUUAGACAACAACGGGCUACAGGCUCUGCCCGACGAGUUCAGCCGUCUGCAAAGGCUCAAAAUGCUCAACCUUUCUUCCAACCUCUUCGAGGAGUUCCCCGCUGCGCUGCUGCCCCUGGCUGGGCUGGAGGAGCUCUACCUUAGUCGCAAUCAGCUCACCUCAGUGCCCUCUCUUAUCGCCGGGCUGGGCCGCCUUCUCACCUUGUGGCUGGAUAAUAACCGCAUCCGCUACCUGCCAGACUCCAUUGUGGAGCUGACUGGCCUGGAGGAGCUGGUGCUUCAAGGCAACCAGAUCGCUGUUCUGCCUGACAACUUUGGCCAGCUCUCCCGGGUAGGUUUGUGGAAAAUCAAGGACAACCCGCUGAUUCAGCCCCCUUACGAAGUCUGCAUGAAGGGGAUCCCUUAUAUCGCAGCCUACCAGAAGGAACUGGCUCAUUCUCAACCAGCGGUUCAGCCCCGUCUCAAGCUGCUCCUGAUGGGCCACAAGGCUGCCGGAAAGACCCUGCUUCGACACUGCCUCACUGAGGACAAAGUGGAAGGAGGGCAAGGAGGAGGGGACAAGGAGAAGAGCUACCUACCUUUCCCUCCCCUUGGGAGUAAGGGCAUCGAGGUGACCAGCUGGACUGCGGACGCUUCCCGGGGCUUGCGGUUCAUUGUGUAUGACUUAGCUGGUGAUGAAAGCUACGAGGUGAUCCAGCCCUUCUUCCUCUCCCCAGGAGCCCUAUAUGUGCUCGUGGUCAACUUGGCCACCUAUGAACCUCGUUGCUUUCCUACUACUGUGGGCUCCUUCCUGCAUCGGGUGGGGGCCCGUGUGCCUCAUGCUGUGGUGUGUAUUGUGGGCACACAUGCUGACCUGUGUGGGGAGCGGGAGCUUGAGGAGAAGUGUCUGGAUAUUCACCGACAGAUUGCCCUGCAGGAGAAGCAUGAUGCAGAGGGCCUAAGCCAUCUAGCCAAGGUGGUUGAUGAGGCCCUGGCUCGGGACUUCGAGCUACGCUCUGCCAGUCCCCAUGCAGCUUACUACGGUGUUUCAGACAAGAACCUUCGGAGACGCAAGGCCCAUUUUCAGUACCUGCUUAACCACCGGCUGCAGAUCCUCUCGCCCGUGUUGCCUGUGAGCUGCAGGGACCCCCUCCAACUGCAACGCCUUCGAGACAAGCUGCUCUCUGUAGCCGAGCACCGGGAAAUCUUUCCCAACUUACACAGAGUCCUGCCUCGGUCCUGGCAGGUACUGGAGGAGCUGCACUUCCAGCCACCCCAGGCACAACGUCUGUGGCUAAGCUGGUGGGACUCUGCCCGCUUGGGCCUGCAGGCAGGUCUGACUGAGGACCGGCUCCAGAGUGCCCUUUCUUACCUGCAUGAGAGCGGCAAACUGCUCUAUUUUGAGGAUAGCCCGGCCCUCAAGGAGCACGUCUUCCACAACCUCACCCGCCUCAUUGACAUCCUCAAUGUUUUUUUCCAGAGAGAUGCUUCUUUGCUGCUUCAUAAACUGCUCCUAGGGACCAACGGAGAGGGCGAGGGGGAGGGGGAAAGUUUCCCCACCAUAGCAGUGCCCACUCCGGGCCAGGACCCACUCCGGGCCACCCAGCUCCAUCAUUACGUGGAAGGCUUUUUGUUGCACGGGCUUCUGCCAGCUCAUAUCAUUCGGUUGCUGCUCAAGCCUCACGUCCAGGCCCAGCAGGACUUGCAGCUCCUGCUGGAGCUGCUGGAGAAGAUGGGACUCUGUUACUGCCUCAAUAAACCCAAAGGCAAGCCUUUGAACGGCUCCGCAGCUUGGUACAAGUUCCCAUGCUACGUGCAGAAUGAGGUGCCCCACGCGGAGGCCUGGAUUAAUGGCACCAACCUAGCCGGGCAGUCUUUUGUGGCUGAACAGUUGCAGAUCGAAUACAGUUUUCCCUUUACCUUCCCACCUGGAUUGUUUGCACGUUACAGUGUUCAGAUCAACAGCCACGUGGUGCACAGGUCGGAUGGGAAAUUUCAGAUCUUUGCGUAUCGAGGGAAAGUGCCCGUGGUGGUGAGCUACAGACCUGCCAAGGGGGUCCUGCAGCCAGACACCCUAUCCAUCGCCAGCCAUGCGUCGCUACCCAAUAUAUGGACCGCAUGGCAAGCCAUCACCCCUUUGGUAGAGGAACUGAAUGUCCUACUUCAGGAAUGGCCUGGACUACACUACACUGUGCACAUCCUCUGUUCUAAGUGCCUUAAGAGAGGGUCGCCAAAUCCACACGCUUUCCCAGUAAAUCCCAGGCAGAGCCUGAGGGACUGAUGGUACCACCAGCAUUGCCAGCACCGACACCAGCAUCAUCACCGACUUGCUCUGAGACCUUUCAAAGCUAAUCCUCCCUUUUGAGGGAGAAAGCUUCCCUUUGUCCUAAGGAUCACUGCGGUCUUGGUUAUUUAUUCGCUCCUCCUUUGGAAGGAUCAAGGUCAUCAAGUCAUUUCCAGCUUCCAGAGACUAUGGACUGACUCUGAAGAAGACAGCACCAAUUAGAGUGGGUGUUGCCAAGCAUAUGCGACUACCACUGGCAGGUCUCUUUGUCGAGGGAGGCUUUGUUGAGGUGUUUGCCUAUUAUUAGCCUAUUAAAUGUUGAGAGAUUCAAAGAGUUAAAUGUCUCAGAUCCUCCCUGCUCCCAAGAUGCAUCAUCUCUGAUCCUUUUUGUGCCCAGGAUGAGUCAUGUGCCCUCGAUAUGGUAUUAGAACCCUAUGCUAGCAGUAGCGAGUUAGGGGUAGUGAGUAGCACAAGCCUUGUUUGAAGAGAGGGAGGAGCUUAUGAACGGUUGUGGAAAGGAUGGAGAGCAGGUUCAGUGGGUAGUGCGAGGACCUGGGUUAGGAUCCCAGUACCCACGUAAAGAGCUACUUGUCUUAGCAUGCAGCCGCAAACCCAGCACUGAGGAGGAGGUAGAGAAAGGAAGAUUCCCCGGGAUUUGCUAGCCAGCUCGUCUUGCACACACACUCAUGCAUGCGUGCACACUUGCACCAUAGUGUUUACCGUGGUAAGGGAUAUUGUUGGAGGAUACCAGGAGACCGAGCGUGUGCCAAGUUUUCAACCCAGUCCGAGGCUUCAAGUAGGUGAUCCCAUUCAGAUCCCCGGUGACCCUACGAGGUAAGGACGGCUGGGCCCUUGGUUUCCCAGAUUAGCUUUAGCUAGGAAGUGAGUUUCAUAAGAGCACUACUCUGGGUGGGGGCUAGCCUUCUCUUCAUCUCUCAGAGGAGCUAGCUCCUUGGCAAGCAGCUUGUAGAGCUAGGCCUGCAGUAUGGAGUCAGCCGAGGUCACGGCCAGGGGUGUGAACUGCAAGAAAAGCGUGAGUAUGAGCGGUGCGGCAAGGCCACUCUGCAGCUGAGUGUUGGAGAUCGUUUCCAGGUGACCAGUAAGUCGGUAUCAGUGGACGAAGGGGGCUGAAGGUCUAGGGGGCCAUGACGUAGAUUGUGUGCUCAAAGCAUCUGGCGUUUAGGAGUUAUGAUAAGGAAGGGAGGUCUUUAUUUAAAUGACGUUUCGAGGCCAGAUGUCUUUGGCAGUGGCUCCUGCUGGCCCUUGAAUCCGAACAUCGAAGCACUGUUCCAGUAUAGUCUUUACCACUGGGCAGAGCUCUGCUGAGCCCUGGAAGACAUUUGCAGCUGUGACCGUGGAAGGGUGGCUUCAGAUGCUCUGCCUGGUACCACUUUCUCCAGGUCAGGGGACAGGGAAGAAAGGGCCAUUGGUUAUCCCCACAGCAUGGUGGCUGCAUGGCCCGGUAAUCCAUAGGACUGUAUGUGAGGACAUUGAUUUUCCUCGCUGUAAAUCUUACCAUAACAGCCCCCGAGAAAAGCAAUUUGAAUUUAACACAGCCAUUGUUUAGCUGUGAGCCCUUUACAUCUCUUGUCUCUUUAUGUAUUGCUUGUAAAUCUAGAGUAAAUGAAAGCAUGACUUUAAUUAAGUUUGCUUCCCAAUUCGCUAUUCUAUGCGUAUCAUUCAUCUGGAUGGAACUGACCUCAGGAAGCCAGGGUUCCUCGCAUUGAUCACUGUGUUGCUGCUUGAGUUUUCUUGUCUUUGCCUCUCACUUUACUCAAAUAUACUCUGUUGCCCUUUGACCAAAAUGCUUAGAAGUUCAGGAUAUUAAGAUAAAUAUGGUUUGUAUUCUUUCCCCUUUGGUUUGAAACAUAGGAAAUAUGUUGCUUUUUAAAGUUGAAACAUUUGGGGCUAAUAAGAUGUUCGGUGGUAGAGGUGAUUGGGGUACAAGCCUGAAGACCUGAGUUCAAUCCCUGCAACCCAAUUGAAAGUGGAAGGAGAGAAUGGAUCCCACAAGGACAUCCUCUGAUUUUUCUGUAUUUAUAGUGGAGCACGUGCCAUUCUCCUCCUCCUUCUCCUCCUCCUCCUGCCCCUGCCCCUGCCCCUGCCGCUUCCUCUUCCUCUUCCUCUUCCUCUCCUCCUCCUCUUCCUCCUUCUACUCACACAUACAUACUCAUGUAUACACACACGUGCAUAACAUAAUAAUAAACAUAAUUAAAAGGGAAAAGCAAGGGUAUUUUUUUAGUAACAGUAAACUUGAAGCAUUCCAGCACACUGGUCAGUUGGUUGUGGAUAGCUAGGCUCUGCUCUGUUUCAGCACCUGUCAGCUGUGUGCCUUUGGGAGUCACAAUAGUUUUUGUCCUGUGGAGUGGUUCCCAAGGGAUGAGCUAAUGCACAUAUAUUGCUUAGAACGAUGCUUCAUACAUAAUUAGAACUCGGAAGAUUCCAGCUGCUGCCGAGACUGCCAUUUUCCAGAAGAUAGCAAACGUUCAGAUGUGUAUUUGGAAAUAUGUUAAGCCUGUAGGUAAAAUCCCCCUCCUCUCCCUCCUCUCCCUCCUCUCCCUCCUCUCCCUCCUCUCCCUCCUCUCCCUCCUCUCCCUCCUCUCCCUCCUCUCCCUCCUCUCCCUCCUCUCCCUCUUCUUCCUCUUCUCCCUCCUCUCCCUCCUCCUCCUCCUUUUUUUAUGUAGUGGGGACAUGACAUAGUGCAAUCUUAUAGAAACCAAUUUCCCCCAUAUUAUAACAGAAAUUUGGAGGGGAAAGGGGAAAAGCACCACUCAUAGCUGGCAUUUUCCGUAAUAAUUGUUUCUCUUAGCUCCUCCUUUAAGCUUAGGUUCUUCAAAUACAAACUUAGCUCAUGGUAUAAAUGACUUAAAUAUUGAUUUUUUCCCCCAAAAAACUAAGCUAUUAUUCAUUACAUUCCAGGGGCUUUCUAAGUGCACAGUCACAGUGAGUGCUUACGUAAUAGUCUGGAAGGCCAUUCUAGCUGUUUAUUUAACCGCGUUCCCUUGGUUCAGACACGUGAACACUUGCCUUCUAUUGUCAUGAUUCUGUGAUGAACUUUUCUUUGUUGCUCUGGUGGGUUUUUCCUUUUCUGUGCUUUUGAGACUUUUGCCAGGAGGUCCCCUCAAGCUUGUAGUAAACCCCUGUCUCGGCGUUCUGAGCUUUGGGAUUAUAGGCCUGAGAUAUACCAUACCUGGCUUGGUUGUAUUUCUUUGUGCCAGUGUCUUGUUUAUUUGUUCGUUUUCUUUUCUGUUCGGGGUCUUGAACUUUUAUCACCAUUCACAGACUUUAUAGACAAAAGAACAUAGCAGAGCCGUGUGAAAACUGAAUCCGGGGUCGUGCAUGUCAUUGUAUUUACACACAGGAGCACCUCUGUCCUCACAUCAGGGGCAGCAGGCACUCCUCAGAUGCUCCUCUGCAGACAGCCCUGGGCACAUUUGGAGCGGCCCAUGGAGCAAGGCUGUAGCAUUCCCGUAGGAGGGUACCUGGUCUUUGUAGCUGCAGAAGCUGGGCAGGUGCAGGGACUGCAGUGGCCGGAGCAGUUGGGCUCUGUGUCAAACAUAAGAGUCCAGGUCCAAAGGAACCAGCUAAACUUGGCAAUGCCUUUUUGGAAGGCAUGCUAUCUAAGUUUGAUAUUUGGGUAGCAUUCCCAACAUGGGAUCAUGGGGUGACAGACAGGGAAUGUCAUGGUCUCAAGCAUGUUGCUACCUGUCCCAUCCUUUCCCCAGGCUUCCCUUCAUCCUAACAAUACACUGAUGUUUAAGGGAAAAACAGUACCCGGUUGGUGACUCAGAGGUCUAAUUAGUCAGGAUGUUUGCUGGAAUGCAUUCUACCUAAUUAAGUCGCUACUUUUCUGAGUUUUCAGAUAUCUUUUUGGCAUCCUUUUACUGACUCUCAGCUUUCAAAAAAAAUCACAGUGUUUUAUCAAUUUAGAUUAACUCUUCAUAAAUCUUUGUUGCCUUUACAACCCGUUCUCAACUUCUUUUUGAUUUUCUAAAAAAAUCUGGAUUUAGGUUUAAAGUUUUUCACUACAGUUGACUUCCUAGAGAACUGAAAAUCCAUAAUGUUAUUGCAGAGAAAUCACGCAACGAUUCUUUGCUCCCAUGACACUAACAAUAAGAAAGUAUGCAUAAUAAAUUCAAUAGCAGAAGUCCCACCCACCAUCAUCUACCUCACUUCUUUUGAUUUGUAUGACGUUUCUUGUGGUAUCUUUCAGGGAUGCUAAAACAAUGUGUUUACAUUGUAUUUAACCUGAGAGGGGUCGUGGAUACUUGUUCUGCACCUUGCCUUUGAGCACUUAAAAUUUAUUUUUUUUGGGAGGGGAAUUGAGAGGUGGCUCAAAAGGAAAAAACAUGUACGACUCUGCCAGAGGUCCUGAGUUCAAUUCCCAGCACCCGCAUGAGGCAGCUUACAACCGCUGGCAACUCCAACAUCUCUGGCCUCCCCAGACAGGUGAACUCAAGUGCACAUACCUGCACAUUAAAAAAUCCGUACUUUGGCAAUGCUGCCAUGUGGCAGUUUGAAGACUGGCACACUCAUAUACACCUUGCUUCUCCGUCCGUGGCCUACCUCAUAUACUCUGACCCUUUCUCUACUGUUUAGUCAGCCUGUGCUGACAGACCUUUGGUCUCUUACGUGCUGUUCUCUAGAUUUUAAGCUAAGGAAGUUUUCUCCCUUUCAGAGGUUUAGCGAUGAGCUUCUUUUAAAAAAAACCUUCUGAGUUUAUCAGGCUUUUCUUUGUGUGCAGAACCCUCUGGAGGUGAAAUUAGUCAGAACGGUAGGACAGGAAAGAGGUUUGGGAGUUGAGAAAGCUCAGCUCUGUGAUUUAAAAGGAGGCAGUGUUUCUAACUGGCUUCCGUGAUGCACGUCGUCGGGACGCUAUUGCUUUGAGUGUAAUUACUCUUUUCACAGCUUAAUUCAUCUCUUAUUGUGUGAUGCGGUAUUUAGACAGAGCCAUAAUUACAAAUCUUGCAUGUUUAUAAAUACGAAGAUUACCGAUCAAAAUAAGACCGUGGAAGUAAGAAUAAAGCUUGGUCCGUGUAAGAAAUCGAUGGAAAAUAAUUGUUGGCCAGCCAUGUUCCACUGACUCAGAACAGUGCUUCUGAGUGGUAGGGUGGUGAGGCUGUCCCUCACGCUCCCUUUGGAGUUCCACUCUGUCAUAUAUUUAGACCUGAGCUUGGUACGAUAUGUACGGAACCAGUGCCGGAUGUCUGGUUUGGAGUGGGUCUUACCUAGUGCACUCAAGUGUGUUGACCGUGGAAUUAAGUUGAAUAAAUUCUGUUUUUGUUGUUCCUCUGUUUCGAAGAUCACUGGAAGCCACCAGCCCGGCUUCUUCAAGAGUGGUUCAAAACAACACCGUAUGGUCUUUCAAAAUCUUUCUCCUUGCCCUGAACAGUACACAAAUCAUUGCAGAUAGCACAGAAGGCCAGGGUGGCUCGAAUAUUCUCUAAAAAUGUCACUAAAAUAUAUAUAUAUAUAUAUUCAGUGCGACUCACUACAUGCGUGGCAUGGCUGGGGUGACUUUGAUUCAAGUAUUGCUCAUGAAUUGCAUGGGAAGGACUAAAAAAAGAAAUGUGAAUUUUCCAAAAUACUUCGGUGCCAAAAUUGGCUCCCUUGUCUGCUGAGAGCUUGGCUGUUUUGUGCCCUGGGAUACAGGAACCAAAAAAAAAAAAAAAAAAAAAGGUGCUUUAGAGCCCUCCCGAGCACACAUCUGCCCCCUUCCCUGUACCCAGAUGGCUCCUGUGUGGCAUAGCCCUGGUUGUCUCC